CUCAAAGAUUCUUAGGAAUCCCAUCACCCUCUUUUCUGUUCAAGUAUGGGACCUCCUUUCCACCCUACAAGAUGUGGGAUAUUCGCUUCUGCUCACCUUACUGGAAGCCUACCUCUACCUUCCCCACCUUGUCACAGACCUUCCACACCACGCCCCCUUCCUCACUCACCAAGCCCAGGGACAUUUCCUGGGACAGAACUAGCAGAUGGACUUCCCCCACAUGCUGCCCUCCCAGUGUCUGCUCUGCUGGUAGAUGCUCUUUCAGGAUAGGCGGAGGCUUUCCCCACGGGGUCUGAGAGGACACAGAGGCUGCUCACACCUUUCCAGUUUCAAAUCACCCCUUGCUUUGGUCUGCUUUCAUCGACACUGUCUGACAAUCAGCCCAGUUUUUUAUUUUUAAGGUAAUUCAAUGCUUGACUACUUAACUCCCUUAGGCAUCAAAUACUGUUUUCUCAUUCCCUGUAGACCUCAGUCCUCAGGGAAGGUGGGUCAAGGCUUUUCUCAAACAACACUUAGCUUGUGGUUGAAGUCAAACUGUCUUGGCCAGCUCUUCUACUGUUCUUUCUUUCUUUUUUUCAGGUUCUCUCCAGUAAAGCCCGUUGACCUCAGCCUCUUAGGAUUCAAGCACAGCUGGCCCAUUGCUACCUUCUCCUUAGCACCCCAUUCCCAUUUCUGGAUGUAUGGACUACUUUAGAUCUAACCAGCCACAUUCUGCCAGCAUUUGGCUCACAAACACCUCCCUAAAAUCAUACUCAUCCUGAGUCUUCUGGGAAGGGAUCUUCCCAGGUAAUUGUGACUACUCAAUUCAACAGCAACAAAAGGUCUGACCUCUCACCUCAUACCCUGCGGAGCCUGCAGCCACCCUGACUUUACCAGCCACCUCUGAACACCCCAACUGAACAAGUUUCAGGACUCAAGAGUCCACGGGAUCAACUUCUUUUCACCCCACACUACUGCUGGCCACUCCGGAAGCACCAUGACACACCUUUGGGUCCUCUGUUUUGUCCUUUUCCCUUCCUCCUUGUCCUAUCCCGAGAGCUGGAUGCCCCUUAUAAACCUCACUCACCACAUCCUACGGGAUGCCAACUCUUCCCUGUUUCCCAACUGCUGGGUCUGCUUGUCCACCCAAACCCAACGGUCCCUGGCAGUCCCAGCCCCACUGUCCACUUGGACAGACACACCCAUGAAGCUUCACCUUACCUACUCAGUCAAGGCCUUCCCUGGCUCUUUUCCCAUUAGCGACCUUGAAAGACGCCUCCGUCUCUUCCACCCACUGAUUGCCUCCUAUCCCUUCCACAAUCCUGAGAGAAGGGCGAUCACUUUUCUUCAACUCGUCAGCUCAACAGGCAUAUUUCGGAUCAUCACCCGGAUAACCUCUGUGAUAUAUCCUGAGAAGGACCGUUUCUUCGAAUCUGCCCAGCGCCCUCUCUGGGGACCACUCUUUACUGAGACCGUCCUCAGGUCACAGGCCCCACUCUGCAUAUCCCGCUUCUUCAAGGUCUCAGCUUAUGCCACUUUUGUAGGCAACCUCUCUGCUUCUCUCUGCAACUACACCCUUCGUAUUUCACCUUCUACCAGCCAUGAAAACCUAGAUCUUUCCAUCACCCAUCCAUUCAAACAGGCAAUGAAAAGGCCCAAUGCCAAAUGGAAAAACCCACUCCGUUUCUCCGGGCCCCCCUCCCUAAUCUUCUCAAAGCCCUCUUACCAUCCCUGCCCAGCAGACAAAUACUGCCACACCUCCCCGGCCACUCCCUGGAUGCGCUGUCCUCACGCCCCCUCUAGCACCUGCUAUAACCUUACCUUAUUUGAAUCAGAUAACUUAACCCAUCCUGUCACCAUGUCAGUGGACUCUACCCAUUUCAAGGCCAAACUCCAGGGGCGCAGAGACCCUUAUCCUCUCUCCCAUUAUCAGCCUAUCCCGGGAGCUGCCCUGUCUGGACAGUAUUCAGUCUGGGAGAAUGAGAUCACUAUCCAAGAAAACUGGGGAGUCACCUCCAACAUUUUCUCACAUCUGCUCAGCUUCUCGUACAUCUUCUGUCUCAACUCUUCAGGAGUUUUCUUCCUCUGCGGAACAUCGACUUAUGUCUGCCUCCCAGCCAAUUGGUCCGGUGUCUGUACCCUUGUCUUCCAAUACCCGGAUAUUGAACUCCUCCCCAAUAACCAAACGGUGCCUGUCCCCCUUUUUGCUUCAGUUCUUUCCUCGGCCUCAGUUCUUCGUCCAAAGAGGUCUCCACACCUCCUCCCCUUCCUUGCAGGCCUGGGCAUCUCUUCUGCCCUUGGUACGGGUAUAGCUGGCUUGGCCUCCUCAACUCUAUAUUUCCAACGGCUUUCUAAGGCUCUCUCAGAAACCCUGGAAGAAAUAGCUGCCUCUAUUACUACCCUCCAGAACCAAAUAGACUCGCUUGCGGGCGUUGUUCUCCAAAACCGCAGAGCUCUGGACCUCAUCACCGCCGAAAAGGGGGGCACCUGUCUCUUCCUCCAGGAAGAGUGCUGCUUCUAUGUAAACCAGUCUGGAAUAGUCCGGGAUGCGGCAAGGAAACUCCGAGAACGAGCAUCUGAACUCAGCCAGCAUUCUGACUCUUGGGGACAGUGGCCUGACCCUGGACGCUGGCUGCCCUGGCUGACUCCCUUUCUGGGACCUCUUCUCUUCAUCUUCUUCCUACUGACAUUUGGGUCUUGUCUUCUGAAUUGUCUAACCCGUUUUGUGUCGCAGAGACUUGGCUCCUUUGUCCAGGACACUGCCAAAAUGCAGGUGGACAGCAUCCUCCAAAAUUUCCAAUAUAAAAAACUGCCUCAAGACUCCCAAGAUGAGGACACUAUUCCUAUGUAACAGGAAGAAGUUGUGAGAGCACCAGCUAUACCCUUCCUUCUACCCAGUCAACCAAAUCCAUAUCAGGAGUGUCAGCCGUGGCCACAUGUUUGUAUCAGUUUUGAUCCCAGAAACUAUAGUAAUUUGGCUUCCAGGACUAAAGUUACUUAUUUUUCUAGAUCUGAGCUCCUUCUGCCUUAUCAGUAGCCCCCCACCCCAGACAUAGCCUCUAGAGAUGUUUCUCUAUCACCUGACAUUCUUUAAUCCAUCAUUCAUCAUUACUACUUAACUACUCUUAGCAUUGGCCAAGUGGAGGCCAAAGAAGGAACGUUUUCAGUGUCCUGGCUGUAAGUGGAGAAUGAACUCUCUUAUAUAGAGAUCUCUGCUCCUCAGGCCUGUUCUGCCACGGAGUGGCUUGCUCCUUUGUCUGUCUUGUUUUCUGACCUCACAUGAAGUACAUUGAGGGGGUAGGGAGCUUCCAGAAGCUGGAAGGGGGUCAACAAAGAUCCUCUAUGACAGUUUUCAGGGAGAGAAAGUAAGACCCCACUCUCCCCUCAACCUUAAACUUUACCCCUCAGAAGAUAUAAUAAACAUGUUUCAAGCUGUUAGCCUAGCAGAACUUUGGUAUAGCAGGCUCAAGACACCCGAAUCAGCUCUGAGCCUUAGGUACAGUAGGAUAUUCAGGUGGAGCUCUCUGGGAGCACAUGAACCAGGUUUGGAGAGUACUGGCUGAGAUAAGAUGUAUAACUGAGUUGGACUUGGUAAUUGGGAUGGGCAAGAGGACCACAGGGAAGGGAGGAAAGGAGAGGAAGGAGAGGCCGAGGGAUGAAAGAGUGGAAGGUGAGAGAGGAGUUCAGAGGUAGGAGUUCAUGCUGGGGAUGUUACCAGAGUUGUUAGGAGCAGAGCUGGGGCCCUGGCAGCCCUAACAAGCUAACAACAGGCCAAUUAUUGUCACAAUUAAUAGUGAAAAGCAGAAAAAACACAUUAUUCAAUGUGGCUACCUUGGGAAGAGGAACAAAGAGGUCUGUGAAGCCCCUCUCUCCCCAAGUCCAUGCUCUGGAUCCUGACAUGAGGUUUGGGUUUAAAGAGAAAACAAGAGGCAGGCAUAAGGAAGCAGAUCUGUCCAAGGCACAGCCCCUCCUCCCAUCAUUGUCCCAGUCUGGUCUCUUCUUUGGCAAGGUGGUCAGAGUUGUGUGAAAUCUCUUCCUAAGAGGUACAUUCCUCCUAACCAGCCCCAGCUUUUUCCUUCAAGGAGCACAGCAUUUAGGAAUCUUUUCAACAGCCUAAAGGCAAAAUGGAGAGGUAUAAGUGCCCCUUUAGAGCAGGAGGCAGGUAAGGCCUGGGAAGGGGGUUAGGGGGGAGGGCCUGACUUGGCAUUGAAGUCAUUGGUGAACCUUCUGAGAUUGAGGACCUACAGAAAACUGCAGCAGUUAAAAAUGACUGUGCAGAAGUUUAAAAAGUGUGCCUUAAGGACUGAGGCAGAUGAAGUGACUCAAGGUCUUCAGGACAGUGCAGGGGAGGGGGAUUGGCAACUUUAAAGGGUGAAGCUGGAAGAGAGAUUUUAUUAGGUAAAGGAAGCACCUGCAUGCUUGUGGAAAUGGGCUGGGAAACGGAAAGAUUACGGAGGUUGAGCUGACACAGUGAGCAGAUGGGGGAUGGCCCAUGGUCCACCAUACUGUACAAAGACACAUGGAGGACUUAUUUCAGCCACAGUCCAUCGUUACCUUGUCUCCUCCUAGUACCAGCACUGUUUUGCUAUGUUCUUUGGCCACGCUGGGCUUUUAGCCUGAUAGAGGUUUGGCUCUGGAGUGAGAGCAAGGACAACAGCAGUGGAUAUAUGCUACUUCAAGCUGGUGUCUUCAGGCCAUGCAGCAUGGGAGAGGGCACCCCCAUGAGCAGAACAACAGCUUUAUCUUUCAGUACUUGAGCUUGGCUGAUGUCAUACGUGAAGUCACAUGUCAUGGUGACUUGUGCACUUGAGUGGCUGAGUCGGGUAAGGGGCAGGCUCCUGAGAGGUAGAGUGGGUUAACAGGGUUAACAUCAACUACUGACAGAAUCCUCAACCCCUUCCUGUCACCAGCUGCAAUCAAAGCCCGGAAACUGAGGCAGUUAUGUCUCACCUCUUCAUUUUGUCUGUUUCUUCUUUCAUGUCCUGGGGAAAGUUAUCCCUUAGGGAAACUUAUCCCAUAGGUCAAGAGUCUAUAAAAAGUACUGUUUUUGGAAAAGCAAGGGAUUCUGGGGUUAUAAGGACAGAUAUGUGCAGUUGUGAGAACUGUAUAUGUUUAGAGGUGUUUGUGGUCUUCUUGAUACAUAUACACUUGAGUUAAAAUUAGCCGACAAGUGCAUGCUUUCAUUCUUGAUCUACUGGUAUAUUUUAUUUAGUAUGUGAUUAAGUAUCCAUGGCAGUGGCCUUCAAAGGAAGUAGGCAAAUUCAGAGGCCAGAGCCCUAUUGUCAGUAAAUGGUGGAAACAGAGCUGGUACAUGUCUCUGAGGCAAAGUUAGAGGCUGUGCACCCUGCAUGCUCAGUAACUUCCUCUUUCUAAGCUAAGCUUGGCUUCCAGUUGACCUGGAGCAGAUGGCAUGCUGAUGUCUUCGGACCUUCAACAGUCAGGAACUUUAUGCAAGACUCCACCAGAAUCAGCAGCUUGUGUCUCUGAACCUGACCCUGGAGAGAAUAUCAUCACCUCGGCAUCCAGUUUUCUGUUUCUGAGCUCCUUUCUUUCAAAGAAAGUGCUAUUUUCUCCUGUGCAGGGUGUGUCUAAAACAGGGUUCUAGAACUGGAAUGUGGACGUUGUCCCAACAGGCCUUCCUCCAGAAGUGGAGGAGCAGGGCUGGCUGCUGGAUUGCCAUGUCCAGUAGUGAGUCCUUCACCACUGGGCCCUUCUACUGCUAUGCAUGGUAUUGUUGGAGGUGUGGAGAGCAGACUCCAGGCUAGGCCUCUGAGGAUAAUUCACAGAUGCUCACGGACAAGAUGGUUUCUCGAGGGAACAGUUAACUCUCACAUCCCAGAGGGUGAGGGAUCAAGAGGCCAUAUAUGAUACUACCGUGAAAGGAUUGGGUGGCUGCCAUCAAUUCUGCUAUCAAAGACUCCCAGCAAGCAUAUGUCUGGUGGCUAGACAUUGCAGUUCUAUUGCAGAGGGAAGCCACUAUCCUCCUGAGUGUCUGCUGCCUUCCCAGGGAGCAGAGAACGGCAAGCAACAGAAAAUGGAUCUGGUUGCACUUUCUGCUUUCCGGAUCUCUCCAGUUCUAUCGACUGGCAGAGCAGCACAUCUAAACCCUUGGCUGCAAGUGCAUCUUAGAGAUGUGGCCACAGCAAUACACUGAGUAUGAGAUUAACUUUGAGCCCACAAUCCAUCAUAGAGAGGGGUAGGAAAAAAUGCUGAGCACUUGUAGUAAACCCAACACAAAUUCGCAAUUGGUCCUGACUUGAAAUUAUUUUCAUAUUUUGACUUUUUUUAAAAAAAGAUUUAUUUAUUUUGUGCAUGUGAGUACAUUGUAGCUGUCUUCAGACACACCAGAAGAGGACAUCAGAUCCCAUUACAGAUGGUUGUGAGCCACCAUGUGGUUGCUGGGAAUUGAACUCAGGACUUUUGGAAGAGCAGUCAGUGCUCUUAACCACUGAGACAUCUAUCCAGCCCCUAUAUUUUGACUUUUUAAAGAUAUAUUUAUUUUGUAGUGCAUAUGAGUAUAUUGUAGCUAGACACACUAGAAGAGGACAUUGGAUUCCAUUACAGAUGGUUGUGAGCCACCAUGUGGUUGCUGGGAUUUGAACUCAGGACCUCUGGAAGAGCAGUCAGUGCUCUUAACCGCUGAGCCAUGUCUCCAGUCCUAUUUUGAUUUUUAACAUUUAUUUUUGUAUGUAUUUCAUAUGUAAGUAUUGUAUUUAUAUCAUUUCCCCUUCUUCGCCUCCCUCCAACUCCUCUUGUGUUCUCUGCCGUACAUACUUCUCAAAUUCAUGGCCUCUUUCUCUUUUUUGUUAAAAAGAUUUAUAUAUUUGUGUAUC